AUGUUAAUGCAUAAUGAGAAUGAAUAUAAGGUUUUAUUAAGAAGUUUGAUUAUUGGUUUAGUACUGAUUGAAAAUAAUAGUGAUGUAUUUUUAGAGAUUAAUAAGAAUGUUAAAAGAGUUUUAAGAGAAUUUUUAGAUAAUUUAAGUAAUAGGAGAUUAGACAAUGAAUUUUUUACAGAACUCAUAUUCAUAGAAAUUUUUUUGAAAAAAAUGGAUAUGAAGAUAAUGGAAUGUAGUAAUAAUGAAAGAAAAAUUUUGGAGGAAGUUAGAACAGAAAUAAGAAAAUUACAAGCGUUAAUGAGUACAAAUAAGUUGGAUAAGCAAGCAUUUGAAGUUUUAGAAGAAGGUCUCAUUACUAAUGAAUGUAAUUUAUUUUGGAAAAGAAAUUUAAUUAAAGGAAAUUAUAGAGAUUUUUCGUUGAAUUCUGAUGACGAAAGGGAGAAUUUUGAUGACAUAGACGUUCCUCAACUGCACAAUGAAGAAAUUGAAAGGAAGAAGGUUUUAAAGGAAUGUAUGAGUCAGAUAGAAGGAUACACCAGUGAAUGGGAAUUAUUAAGAGGUGUUUAUAAUAUUAAAUUUAAUUACAUCUCGAAUAAGAAAGAAUUUAAAGCAUUAAUUGAAGUUAUUGUUAUGAGAAGAUCAGGACGAUGA